UGUCCACAGUUCAUUGUAUUGUCCACAGUUCAUUAUGAACUGUGGACAAUAGCACCUCAUUAGUGGAUAAGACAAAAGUUAGAAGGCAGAUGGAGAACAAAACCUCAAAAUCAAAACCAGAAAAAAUGUAUUGUUAAUCUCAAACACCCUCCCCAAUAGAUCAGCAAGCCAUCUUUACAAUCCCAGUUAAACACAAAAAACACAAGCCACCCUCUCUCUCUCUCUGUUUGCAAAUUGAAAUUAGAUACUAUUAAAUAUCAGUAUUUUUCCCCCUUUCUCUUGGUGUGUUGUUUACUUGUUUUCCAGCUCAAGUUAAAGAAACCCAAAAUCAGGCCAUUAGAAAAAGUUGUAAAGCCAAUCUCCAAAGAGGGAAUAAAGCAGGUUGACACCAUUCAACCAACAGAACUUGAUGGUUGAAGUUGCUUCGGCUGAACCCAGAGAAUGCAAAAAAGAAUUAUCCUCCAAUAAAUCAGACUCUGAGAACAGUGGAGAGGGACCAUUUCAGAAUGACUCUACAAAUGAAGGUGCUCCAAAGAAGGGACGGUCAAAAUCACAAUUGUAUGAGAUUUGUGCUGCAAACUAUUGGAAACCACCUUUAUUUGAAUGCUGCAAAGAAGAAGGGCCAAGCCAUGCAAAAAUGUUCACCUACAAGGUUAUUGUUGAAAUAAAAGAAGCCUCAACUACGGUUUUGGAGUGUUUUGGUGCCCCCCGAUUGAAAAAGAAAGAAGCAGCAGAGCAUGCAGCUGAAGGGGCACUAUGGUACUUAAAGCAUAUUGGUUUCUCUCCAAAGGACAAUUAGACUAGCUCCUAAUAUGUGUGCGCCUUGUCCAUUCCCAUUACUAAAUGGAAAUCACAUUGUGAUUUUAAGCUCUGAAAUUUUAAGUUUUGGAAUUCCACAUUGAAAAGUAGAAAAGUAAAGAGGAAUAAUGCUUCCUACAUAGUACAAGAAGAGGGUUUAUAGUUGAAGCCUUAUAGGGUCUAACCAAAAUGGAAGUUUUGAUAUAAAUGUUGAUUUCCAUCUAAGUCCUCCCAUAUGAGGAAUAGUGUAAUAUUUUUAGGUUGAAAUACGCCUACACAAAAAUAUAUGCAUAGUUACGAUUUAGGUUAGGAUGAAAUUUAGUUAUAAAAUUGGUUGUAGCUUUAUGUUACAAUCUUACUCAA